GGUCCGCUCGGCAUUUCCGGGAAUCCUUCCCCUUCACCCCCGCUGGCGGCUGUGGGAGUCACCGGGGUCCGGAGCGGCAGGAAGGAGAGCGGAGCCGAGCGUGAGGGGGUGAGGGGAGGAGGCGGGGAGGCCCCGGCUCCCGGCUCCCGGCUCCCGGCUCCAGCAGGGCCUGUCCCCAGCGCCUGGCCUCCAGGCCCGGGUUGCCGGGCUGCAGAUUCCCCUGGCCCUGUUCCUACGUGCUCCAGUCGUCACAAUGGGAACAGGAGGAGGCCAUUCAGCCCCUCAAAGCUGCUGCCCCACCUGGGACCACCUCACUCCACCUUUAUCUCUCAAUACCUUUGGGGUUAACAAAAAACAAUCUCAGAUCUAAGACUGAUCCAGCCUUAGUUGCCAUUGUGGAAGAAAGCUCCAAUCUUUUACCAUCCCUUAUGUGUAGAAGUGUUUCCUAAUGUCACUCCUGAAAGAUCUGACUCUAAUUUUUACACUCUGACCCCAUAGGCUGAGACCCCCAACCAGUGAAAAUUGUUUCUUCCAAUGAAUUGGCUAACCUAAUAUCCUGAGAAUUUGGAUCUUCUAAAUUCCAGGGCAUACAACACCAGUUUGUGUAAUCUCUCCUCAAUUUAACCCAGAGAGUCCACGUAUCACCUGGAAAAACUCAGCAGGUCUGGCAGCUGAAUUUUUCCAGGUAAUUCUGUUUUUGUUUUGGAUUUCCAGCAUCCGCAGUUUUUUUGUUUUUAUCUCUGAGUCCAUGUAUCAUCCUGGCAAAUCAACAUUGCACUUCCUCCAAGGCUGAGUCAUCCUUCCAAAGCUGCCUAGAACUGCUCCAGUGUGGUCUGACCAGGGCUUUGUAUAACUAAUGUUUUCAUGACUUGUCCAGCUGUCCUGUGCUCUGCAAUGCAGCGUCAUAGAGUUCUGUUCAAAAAGUGGUUGCUUCUCUAUGGCAGAAAAUCCAGGGCAUCUUCAGCUCAUCUCCCUCUGCCACCCACUAUCAGCAAACACAAUGGCCAGCUGCAGGCAAGGAGGAGGCAAUUCCACUGGACCACUAGAUCCAGGAGUCAAGAUGCGGAGUUCACGCAUGUGCGAUACAAUGUCCAACGGUUAGGGUUUGCUGCUGUCACGACAGAAGACAUGAUGUUCUUUGAUAGUCUGCUGCCUGGUCGUGUGGUGACUGAUCCCGAUAUUCUGGAAGCAAGCAAUGUAGACUGGCUGCAGACAUUGCGAGGCUGCAGCCAGGUGUUACUGCGACCUCAGACAACAGAAGAGGUUUCUCAGAUUCUCAGAUACUGUAAUGAUCGGAAUCUGGCUGUGAAUCCUCAGGGGGGCAACACUGGAUUGGUGGGAGGGAGUGUACCAGUGUUCGAUGAGAUAAUUGUUUCCACUGCUCAGAUGGACAACAUCAUCAGUUUCAACACUAACUCUGGAGUGCUUAGCUGCCAGGCUGGCUGCAUUUUGGAAAACUUGAACAAUUACCUUGAGGAACGAGAUUUUAUCAUGCCCCUUGACCUGGGGUCGAAAGGUAGUUGUCAUAUUGGCGGGAAUGUGGCAACCAAUGCUGGUGGACUGAGACUGCUGAGGUAUGGUUCUCUGCGUGGGACAGUACUGGGACUGGAAGUGGUACUUGCAAAUGGAAUGGUUUUGAACUGUCUAUCAUCACUUCGCAAAGACAACACAGGCUAUGACCUCAAGCAACUUUUUAUCGGAGCUGAAGGGACGCUUGGAAUCAUCACUACAGUGUCUAUUCUGUGUCCAAGGAAAUCAGCUGCUGUUAAUGUAGCGUUUCUAGGUUGUGACAGCUUUGAGAAGAUCUUGGAUAUAUUCAAGGAAUCCAAAAGCAUGUUGGGUGAAAUUCUCUCUGCGUUUGAAUUCCUGGAUUACAGUUGCAGAGAGGUUGUCUGCGAGCACCUGAAACUGAGAAACCCAUUGCAAGAGGCACCAUUUUACAUCUUGAUAGAAACAUCAGGAUCCAACAGUGAUCAUGAUCAGGAGAAACUCAGUCAUUUCCUGGAGAAGGUCAUGGCUUGUGGUCUGGUGACUGAUGGAACUAUGGCUACUGAGGAAAAUAAGAUCAAGGCAGUCUGGGCUCUGCGGGAACGCAUCACUGAAGCACUGGUCCGUGAUGGCUUUGUGUACAAAUAUGACAUCUCGUUACCACUGGAGAGAAUCUAUGAGAUUGUCAUUGACAUGAAGAACAGACUGGGGAUGAGGGCCAAACGUGUUGUUGGCUAUGGGCACCUUGGCGAUGGUAACUUACAUUUGAACAUCGUGUCUGAAACGUACGAUCAGCAGGUGCUGGACUCGAUUGAGCCAUACUUGUACGAAUGGGUUGCGCAGCACUCUGGAAGUAUCAGUGCUGAGCACGGGUUGGGUUUUAAGAAGAAGGAUUUCAUUUAUUUCAGUAAGCCAAGAGCGGCUGUGCAGAUCAUGCAGCAGAUGAAAGUGAUUCUGGAUCCAAAGGGAAUUUUAAAUCCCUAUAAAACCCUGCCAUCCUUGAGUCAGUGAAAUGGCAAUGAGACCAGAGGUUUCACUGGGAGUCCUGACUGUAAGUUUUGGCUUUUAACUUUUGCUAAUUUUAUGCUCAUCAAGGUGGAGAACAUCAGUGCUGAGGAAAAGCACUCUUUCCUUUAACACAGCCAAUAUCAGCAUUGAGCGAUUCCAGAUCUACGUGGCAUUUCUGUUUGUUGAGAGAAAAAAAGCACUUGCAUUUUUAAAGCAUCUUUCAUCACCUCAGGAUGUCCCAAAGCACUUCGCAGUUUAUCAAUUACUGUUGAACUGUUGUAACGCAGGAAACAAAACAGUUAAAUCUGCACAGCAAGAUCCCACAAAUAGCAGUCUGAUAAUGACCAGAUAACCUAUUUCAGAUGUAGGUUUAUGGAUAAAUAUUAGCCAAGAUUCUAGGCCGAAGUUCCUUGCCUUUCCGUGAAAAAAUGCGGUGGGAUCUCUUAAGCUCACCUCAGAAAGCAGGUGGGGCUUCAGUUUAUCAAAAGCCACCACCUCCGACACUGCAGCACUCCCUCAGUGCUCCACUUCAGCAUCAGCCUGGACUAUGGCCUCAGAUCUCUGAAGUGAGAUUUGAACCUCAACUUUCUGACUCUGAGGCAAGAGUGCUACUCACUGAGGCCAACAACUAGUCACCCCGCCACCUGUUUUAUAUCCUGUGGCCUCUUGCGUAAGAUGACCAGGAACUGCUCAACUGGCACUCUAUCUGCUGCGGGGCCAAGUCCACUACAAACUGGAUUCAUUCUCCCCAGAUUCAUAUAGAAUUCCCACAGCCAACAGGCUGGAGAACUUCACCUCUGUGGUCUGAGUAGGAUUCGAACCAAAGGUCCUGGAGCUUUAACAUACUGUGCAGACAAUUGUGCAGAAAGUAGUUGAAUGUCUGAAUGGAACAGUAUCCAAGUGAUGUCCUUACAUUUCAAACCAUUUCCUCCCCAGACCUGGCUGUUAAAACUUGAGAAUAUCAUUAUUGAACAAGAUAGGAAGAUUGUGCAGAAGUAAAGUCUGUUUUAUGUGGCUUUUAUUUGUUGUAUUGUGUGAGAAUCGGCAGAGAGAUAAAAAGAAAGACUGGUCACUGGAAAUCCUAAACUGAAACUCUGACAGACACCCAACUGAAAUAUUAACCUGGUAGUCACUCUGCAGUCUUUACUGGCCCUUGCUGAUUUUCCAGCAGUUUCUAUUUUUAUGAGUGACCUGCAAGGGUGUCAGUUGAUGUGUAACUUGGUGCGCCAGUAAGGGACUGAUGAUCAAAGCAAAUCUAACUUCAAUUUAGACAGAAGUGAGCCACAGUUUUGAGAAUUACCUCUGACAGUGCAGAGUAUUGCUGAGGGGAAAGUGUGGAUUUGGAAAUUGGGCAUCCAUCUUGCAGCUGCUGCACUUCACAAAAAGGAUUUACAGCUUGGAACUGUGCUGAUGUCCUGUACUUACCUGGGGACCUGCAGAUAUGACUAGUCUGUGAACAUUACUGCAGCUGGCCUCAUCUCAGGGUCCUCUUCAGUGUCAACACACAGCAUUGUAAAAGUUCAAACUUAUGCCCAUGGCUCUGCUGCCCUAGGCUCCCUCCUUCGACCUCUGCUGCCCUGGGCUCUCCCCAUAAAUCUCUCCAUUCCGGACUAACCUUGUUGCUGGCAGCCUUCUUCUGAUGAAGGCAUUCUCGCCUGCUGGUCAGCUGCUUCUUUCUACAGGUAAUAGCCAAACAUCUAACCAGUGGCAUUCAAAACAGCCCGGGAGUUAAAAUCUGCUGGGACUCCAACUUGUUUCCAUGUAGGGUUAUUGUCAGCUCCUGUCAGGAGUUAAAAUCAACGCUCAUAAGGCAAUAAAUCAGUGCAAUGGCUUUGAAAGGGGUUGAGGCAGUAGAGGGGCAUUGAAAGAGAAAUAACCUCUAUACUGUCGGUAGGCCAGAUUGUGGAAUGUAUUCACCUUUCAACAUUAAGUACAAGUCUUUCAAGUGGGCUGCUGUUGGUAUGGUCUUAAAUUUUGUAAUAAUGUACACACUGAUUGUACCAAAUUACUUUAAUCAUACACCAUGUUUUGUAUGUUUUAACCUACUGUGCAAUAAAGCAUCUUACCAAUCGAGCUAA